CGAAUUCUAUUUAUCAUAUCACUGUCAAUUUUGUUUAUUUUCCACUUAAAUGAUUAAUAAACAAAACCCCAACGCUCGGACGUAACAAUCUGUUAUGACGUAUGAAUACAUGUACAUGUCAAUCACUCAGCUGAUAAUCGGUUUGUCAAUACACCUUGAAGGUUAUCUAUGCUUUCUGAAACUAGGUUAAAAGCGGAAACAAAGAUUGUAGCUAUUUAAACAAUUUAAUACUAAUUUAACAGUUUUAUAUAUAAACAAUGAAAUUAUAAUAAAAUAAUUGACAAUAGCCAAAUGUUUCAAAAUAACUUUUCGCGGCAUUUUGCCGAGUACUACGUCAUUGUCAGACAUAGGCCUAUCUACGUCACUGACCUAUUUAAGGGCUUCAUCAAGUUCAGUCUGAGUCUGUCGAAAAUAAGUCUUCGUCGUUUUAGGGGGACAACAGGACUUUUAGGCUGAGCCACAUUUAUUACGAUGUUGCUUUGGAAAGAGGACAACGCUCGAGUCGGGGACGAGUUUAUGCGACAGUUAGAACCCGUAGCAGCGUACAUCCCUUACAUGGUUUGUGUGGGCAACCACGAGAACGCCUAUAACUUUUCCCACUACCGGAAGCGAUUCACAAUGCCAGUGGCGGGGGGAGACGGUGAAGCAAACAACCAACCAAUAGAGAGAAGCGACCAUGGAUCUGAAGGCAUGUGGUUCAGCUGGAAUAUUGGCAAAGCUCACGUGAUCAGUUUCUCGACGGAAGUCUAUUACUACAGUGUGACGAGAGAAAACAUCAAAGCGCAGUACGAUUGGCUGGACAAAGAUCUGACGGAAGCAAACCAACCAAUCAACAGAGAGAAGCGACCAUGGAUCAUCGUAAUGGGCCACAAACCUAUGUACUGCUCCAACACAGGCGGGUUUUGUAACGACCCUAAUGACCCCGUUCGCGUUGGGAUCAAAGUAUUCAACAAGAGUCUAGAAGAGCUCUUCUACAAACACGGAGUAGAUUUGGAGUUUUACGCACAUGAACAUUCCUACGAGAGAAUGUGGCCAAUCUACAAGCAUAAGAUAUGCAAUGGCAGUUACGACAAGCCGUACAUGAACCCGAGAGCACCAGUGCAUAUUGUUACCGGAUCCGCGGGUAACAGAGAAGGUCAAUCCAAGUUCAUUCCUUCUGAGCGGAGCGCCUUCCACACUGACGACUUCGGCUACACGCGGAUGAUUGUCCAGAACGCCUCGCACCUGUACCUGGAGGAAAUGUCCGUUAACAAGGGUGGCGCCAUACUCGACAAGAUUUGGAUUGUGAAAGACAAGCAUGGCACAGGGAUCUACGACUGUCAUAUCUAACGUCUUUUCUAGGCUAUAGUUUCGUCAUCGUGUAUUGAUAUGAAUAUACAUUGACUUGGUUUUGUAUAAAAUCCAGAAUUGGUCAGCCAUAAAAAAGCGAACGUUUUGGACUUUAAUCAACGGCAAUAACCAUAGGUGACAGAAUAAUAAACAAUUUUACUAUGAUACGGUUACUGUAUAUUGAUUUUAGCCACUAUUGACCAAUGUGUGGAAGUUAGUGUCUCCAAUCCCAAAAUGUACAUUUUGUAUGGAAAAAAAACCGAAAUAAUAAAACAAAAACCGUU